AAAUUCAAUCAAAAAAUGUUGGAUUUAGAUCAACUCAUUCCUAUCGCAGUUGGAGUGGCGGUUGUUUUAACUGGUGCUGUUUUAUAUUAUUUCCUGAAUAAAAAAUCCACAACUAAAGCACGUCCAGAACCAAACCGAACGGCUCGUUUGCGCACAUUAAUUGAUCCAAAUGAUAAAUAUCAAUUGCCGCUAAUCGAAAAAGAGGUGCUCAGUCAUGAUACACGUCGCUUCCGCUUCGGUUUACCAUCCAACCAACAUAUACUUGGUUUACCCGUUGGACAGCAUAUUCAUCUGAUUGCAACUAUUGACAAUGAAUUAGUUAUACGCCCGUACACUCCAGUUUCAUGUGACGAUGAUCAGGGUUUUGUUGAUCUAGUUGUGAAGGUGUACUUUAAAGACACACAUCCUAAAUUCCCGGCUGGUGGAAAAAUGUCACAAUAUUUGGAACAAAUGAAAAUUGGGGACAAAAUAUCAUUCCGUGGUCCAUCGGGUCGGUUACAGUAUCUAGGAAAUGGUUCAUUUUCAAUUAAAAAAUUGCGAAAAGAUCCACCGAAGGUUGUUACAGCGACGCGUGUGAACAUGAUUGCAGGAGGGUCUGGUAUUACGCCAAUGUUGCAACUAGUGCGUGAUAUACUCAAGAAUAGUGAAAAAGACAAGACUGAAUUGGCAUUGCUGUUUGCUAAUCAAAGUGAAGAAGAUAUUUUGUUGCGUAAAGAAUUGGAUGACUUGGAACAAAAGCAUGGUCAACAGUUUAGGGUUUGGUACACCAUUGACAAAGCUUCUUCUGAAG